CGAAAGACCUGAUUCGAAAAUUGUUGCGAACAGACCCAUCGGAAAGAUAUACAAUACGAGAAGUAAUGGAACAUAAAUGGAUCACCCAUUAUCAUCAAGUACCAGCCACUCCACUGGCGACUGUUGGAAUGUUAGCUGAUCAGAAGGGACAAUGGGGAGAGAUGCAGGAGGAAUUCGACAAAACUCUGACAGCGAUGCGGAUGGAUGGAGAACAAAUUGAAAUCAAAAGUCUUGCCGAGAGCAAUAAUCGAUUGCUGGCAAAGCGGAAGCAGAAAGGGGAAAAACGAGACGAAAAGGCAGGGCAGCAAGUGGUUAUUCAGGAAGAGGAGAAUAAUAUA